AUGUACAGUGAUUGCUCCACCCGCGUCCGUACAUCUGACGGACUAACGGAGGAGAUAGAGAUCCAGGCGGGGGUCAAGCAUGGCUGUCCACUGUCGCCCAUCGUCUUUAACCUCGCGCUCGAGCCGGUACUUCGCGCCGCAACCUCGCUCAGAAAUGAGUGUGGUAUUCCGCUUAGCGGCGUCAGUGUGAGCGCACUGGCGUAUGCGGACGAUAUCGUGCUUCUGGCGCGGGAUUCAGAGGCGAUGCAGACGCUCCUCAAUGUUGUGGGUGAGGCGGCGACGUGGGCCGGGCUUACCUUCAAGCCGUCGAAGUGUGCCACGCUUCACAUCCGCCGUCGGCAGACACUAGGCUCGGUAUUCGCCCUGCAAGGGGGAGAACCAGCAGUGCUCGGUGCGGGUGACGCCUACCUCCAUCUUGGCGUUCCCACCGGGUACAAAGUCACGCAGACGCCAACGGAUGCGAUCGCGGCAAUUCGACGCGACUUGCAGCACCUGGACGCUUCCCUGCUGGCUCCCUGGCAGAAGAUUGACGCUUUGCGUGUCUCCCUCCUCCCUAGGCUUGACUUUGUCAUGCGGGGCGGAGCGGUACGCAAGGGGCCGCUGUCUGCACUCGACAAGGCAGUGAAAGCGGCUGUCAAAUCUUGGCUGUUCCUUCCACAGCGUGCGUCCACUGAACAGCUGUACCUCGCCCUGGGAGAGGGAGGAUGCGGCCUGACGCCGCUCGCGGACGCUGCGGACAUCUCGACGAUCGUCCACGGCUUCCACAUGCUGCACUGCGACGACGCCACCGUCCGCGACAUCGCCUGGGCCACUCUAUCUACGGCCGCGCGCCGCCGACUGGGGAGGGAGCCGAGUCGUUCCGACUUGGCCACCUACCUUAGCGGCAGCACUGAGGGUGACCUCGCACGUGACGGAGGUGACAUCCAGUCACUGUGGACGCGCGUCAGGAACGCCACAAGGCGCCUAGCGCCGCGUGGCGUCACCUGGCGCUGGAGUGAGCUGCUUUCUGAGUUGCAGGUGGAGGUCAACGGCCGACCCGCCAUCGCUGACGACGCGGAACACGGCGGCAUCGGAGGGGUGACGCCUGGGACUACACGACACCUCGAAGAUGGCGGCGAUGGACCGCAGCACGAUGAUGACAGCGUGGGACGCACCGCCAACACUGGCGUCGAGCAUGUCCGGGUGGGAGGGGGCGCCAAACGUCUUCUCUCGCGGACGCUCCGCGAGUGGCUGAGGCAGCGCCUGCGCCACAUCCUACUCAGGAAACCGGACCAGGGGAAGGUGUUCGAGUGCACCAGGGAAUCCACAGCGUCCAACCACUUCAUGGCGGGAGGAAAAUACACGCGCUUCGCAGACUGGCGCUUUAUCCAUCGCGCCAGGCUCGGAGUCGUGCCUCUCAACGGCUGCCGCCGUUUUGAUGGGCGGGCAAACAUCAACAAAGCCUGCCCACGCUGUGGCCACAACAAUGAGACGCUCCCGCACGUGAUCAACGCGUGUAUGGUGCACUCAGCAGCCCUGCAGUAUCGCCACAACGCGGUCCUCAACCGCCUCGCGACAGCAGUCGCUGGGCGGCCAAGGAGAGGAAACACUGCCGUUCCUGACAUCAGGAUUAACCAAACCGUCAUAGGGGACAGCAGUGGGCUGCGUCCGGACCUCGUAAUAACUGACGAGGCCGCGAACACUGUGACCAUCGUCGAUGUGACAAUCCCCUUUGAGAAUAGGCGGAUUGCGCUCGACAACGCUCGGCAACUGAAGAAAAUAAAGUACGCCGACGUUGCGCGCGGAUUAGCCGCUCGCGGCUAUUCCGUCACUGUCGACGCCCUGGUUGUCGGCAGUCUGGGAGCGUGGGACCGCCAGAACGAUGCAGUGCUUCGGCACCUAGGCAUCGCUAGCCGCUACUGCCAACUGAUGCGGCGGCUGAUGGUGUCUGACACCAUCAAGUGGUCCCGCGACAUUUACGUGGAACACAUUACUGGCCACCGCCAGUAUGUGUCCCCCUAG